ACUUGAAUGGAAGAAUUUAAUUAAGAUCAAUAGAGUGGAAAUCUUUUACAAGAAAUAGUGUCACAUUAAAUCAAAAUGGGAUUAGCCAAAACGUUUAAUUACUAUUACUAUGAAAUGGCAGAUCCUCGUGUAAAGGAUUGGCCUUUGAUGGGAAAUCUAUGCCCUACUCUUUUAAUACUAGCCAGUUAUGUGUAUUUUGUUUUUGAAUGUGGUCCACGAUUCAUGAAGAAUCGACCAGCAUAUGAACUAAACACAUUUAUUCGACUCUACAAUAUGUUUCAAAUCACUGCAAAUGCUUACAUAGUAUACGAAAUUUUAGCAGUAUAUCCCGACGCAGCAGCAUUACGAUGUUGUACAGUAGAUUAUUCCUUGAAUCCCGAUGCAAUAAAAAUAGCAAGGAUUUUUUAUUUCUUUGCAUUAUUGAAAAUAAUAGACCUCAUUGAAACAGGACUGUUCGUCCUCCGAAAGAAGAACAACCAAAUAUCAUUUUUACAUGUCUAUCAUCACCUAAGUACAGUCUUCUAUUCUAUGAUGUUUGCUAGAUAUAUGGCUGGAGGAAUGUCAGUUUUUUUUGUUUCGAUGAAUAGUGGAAUUCAUGCAAUAAUGUACAGCUACUAUUUUUUUAGCAAUAUAGAAGGAAUCAAAGAGGCAAUUCAUCCCUUUAAGCGCUACAUAACUAUAAUACAAAUGGUGCAAUUCGUCUUUAUGUUAUUACAUGCUUUGAUUGGUCUCAGUCCAUUCUGCUCUAUUACAAAAGUACCAGUCAUUCUUAUGGUCCCAAAUAUACUACUGAACUUUUCCUUAUUUUAUUAUUUUUAUAGGAAGACCUACUUGGAUCCCAAAAACGCAAGAUAAUAUCUUUGAGGUUUUAUGUGAUUCAAAAAAAAAAUCGUC